AUGGCUGGACUGACUGUGGUAUUUAUUAUGUCAAACCAUAUAUUUGUGAUGAUUUCAUCCAUUCUUUUGCAAUUUUUUGAUGACUGGACAGAAAUGGACAAUGUUGAAGUUACCGCUGCAAGUGGAAACUCCGGGAAAAGUGGGGUCAUUGUAUGGACCACUUCCAUGACCAACAGUAUGCUAGGUUUUUUGGCUGACCUUGUUGCUAAAGGGAAGAGAACUUCUAGUGGAUUCAGGGAGACACAUCUCAAACAAUGUGCUGCUGUUUUGAACAAGCAAUUCAAGCUAACUAUCACCUCUGAUCAAGUUAGAAACCAUCUCAAGAAGUGGAGGAAGAUUUGGGUCAGGGUUGUCAAUUUGAAGAAUUUAAGUGGAGCUCUAUGGGAUGAAGAUACUUGCACAAUUAGGCUCAGCGAUGAGCACUAUGCAGGUCAUUGUAUGACCCACAAACCUGAUGCUCCCUUCUUGAAUAACCCAAUUGAACACUAUCAUGCUAUGGCGACCAUUUUUGGAACAACCGGGGCUAAAGGGAUGAAUGCAAGGUCUGGAAAUGAUCUCCUUUCUAUUGGCGUCGAUGAUAAGGAGAAUGGUGAGGUGAAUGGUGAGAUCAACACGUCACCGCAAGUUGGUGAGUCUUCUGACCCCAAAGGACCACCAAAAAAGAAGGCCAAGGUGGUGAAAGUUCUAGAGGAUCCACUAGGUGCCAUUCUCAAAGAUGGAUUUAAACUUGUGGCUGAAGCUCUUGUGAAAUCUGGUGGAGAUGAUGAUGAUAUAUCCGAUGACCUUUGGGAUGUAAUCUCUUGUUUGAAAUAA